GGGGGCUGUUGUUGCCCUAACUCCGGCUGCCGGGGGCGCCUGUGAUUGGCUGAGGGUCGAUGGCCGGCGCACGGAUUGGCUACUCGAGGACGAGGGGCCGGGCCCGCGGGGUAGAGUCCGCCCCCGAACCUUCAAAUGGGAAGCCCCCACAGAGGCGCCCGCAGUUCUGAGGCGGUGCUGUAGACUUGCUGGAGUUGUGGACUGGAGGUGGUGAGCCGGCAGUGAGCCGGGCGUAGAGGCACCAGGGCCCUCUCAGGGCACAAAGCCGCUCCACCAAGGCAUCGCCGCGCCCUCCUGGAGGCCCGGGUGCCGUCUGGCGUCCAUCUCGCCUCUAGCCAUGGGGUCGGCUGCGCUGGAGAUCCUCGGCCUGGUGCUGUGCCUGGUGGGCUGGGUGGGCCUGAUCCUGGCGUGCGGGCUGCCCAUGUGGCAGGUGACUGCCUUCCUGGACCACAACAUCGUGACGGCGCAGACCACCUGGAAGGGGCUGUGGAUGUCGUGCGUGGUGCAGAGCACCGGGCACAUGCAAUGCAAGGUGUACGAUUCGGUGCUGGCGCUGAGCACCGAGGUGCAGGCGGCGCGGGCGCUCACCGUGGGCGCAGUGCUGCUGGCGCUCGUCGCGCUCUUCGUGACCCUGGCGGGCGCGCAGUGCACUACCUGCGUGGCCCCGGGUCCGGCCAAGGCGCGCGUGGCCCUCACCGGCGGCGCGCUCUACGCGCUCUGCGGGCUGCUGGCGCUCGUUCCGCUCUGUUGGUUCGCCAACAUCGUGGUCCGUGAGUUCUACGAUCCGACCGUGCCCAUGUCGCAGAAGUACGAGCUGGGCGCGGCGCUGUACAUCGGCUGGGCGGCUUCCGCGCUGCUCAUGUGCGGCGGCGGCCUCGUGUGCUGCGGCGCCUGGGUCUGUGCUGGCCGCCCUGACUUCAGCUUCCCGGUCAAGUACUCCGCUCCGCGGCGGCCCACGGCCAGCGGCGACUAUGACAAGAAGAACUACGUCUGAAGGCGCCAGACUCGGCGGGACCCCUUACGCCGGCCACUCCUGCAAGCGGGACGAGUGCCCAGGGGAGCCCCGCAUGGGCGGCAGCCUAUGCCAGGUGGCGCGGCGCACAGUCUCUGCGGAAUGGUCGGCUCAGUGCCUGGACACGGCGCACCGACCGACUGAGACUUCACGCGCCCGCAGCCCGUUCUCUUCUACAGCCACUAGCCGGGCCCUGGGCCGCGCCCUGCCCUGAACAGGAGCCACGCACUUGGGGAGGACUUGCUCAGUUUCUUUUUCGUUGCUCCGAUGUGAGUUGGGCGUGGGUUCCUUAGGCUGAAUGGACAAUGGACUGAAAUGCCACUUUCCUCCCCGACCCUCAGGGUCUUGGAUGCCGCCAUCCUCCCCAGCGGCUCCUGCUGAUUCCAGCCAGGCAGAUGGAAAGCCCAGGGACCCCAGCCUGGACUGCCGGAGGGAUGUAUACAACCUGCCUUUACCCUAAACAGCGGGGCCUGAGCCCAGGGGGGGGGCUCGAAAGACUUGGCCUGGACCUCCCUGUCUCACCCCAGCAGUUCCCCAGGAGAGGCUAAUGGGCACCAGAUCCUGCGCGGGGAGCUAGGGCCCUGCCCUCCUUUAAGCUUGCGGGGAGGGUAAGAAUUUGCUUAGUAAAUUGUUUGAAUACCCUC